AUGACCUCACUGUCCUGGUGUGUGGGAUGGGACUGGUCUCAGUCCUACCCAAAGUACACAUAAGAGUUAGUGGAGCUCUUCAGUUCUGGUUGAACAUAAACAGGCCUUGUUGUUAGCGGAGACUGACACCACCUGUACAUGGGUCGCCUGAUAAUUGUGGAGGCGGCAAAUCUGUAGAUAGACAAAUAUCACCAAGAUCAGUAAUCAGUGAGAGGGUCUGCACGAAGCUCGCUCCUCGCUAUCUCUCCCUGAACCGCACACCACUGCACCCAUAUACACUCAUAUACACCCAUAUACGAGUACAUCCCUCAUCCUUCCCUCGCCUCUCGUGAAAUGCAUCGUUUCAGCAGCAGGACACGUGAAGAUAAGCUGCUAUGGGUGCUGAUGGUGUGCGUGGCAUCUCUGAUUAAAGGUGCAGUAGGAUCAGAGGACUUGCAAUUACACAAGCCUCCCAAUAUAGUGAUCCUCUUAGCGGACGAUCUUGGAAUAGGAGACGUCGGGUGUUACGGGAAUGACACCAUCAGGACGCCUCAUAUUGACAGGCUGGCCUCAGAGGGCGUGCGUCUCACCCACCACCUCGCCGCUGCUGCCAUGUGCACCCCAAGCCGCGCCGCGCUGCUCACCGCCCGCUACCCCGCCCGCUAUGGGCUGGUGGCAGAUCCUAUCCUCCCCGUGCCGGUUCUAAUACAAAUCACCAGUCCGGGGGGAAUUCCUGGUGAUGAAGUAACCAUUGCCACCGCCCUCGCCGCCGCCAACUACACCACGGCUAUCGUAGGCAAAUGGCACCUGGGGAUGAACUGCAGCCUGUGGGGCCGCGGGUGCCUGGGUCCGCUCCGCCACGGCUUCCACUCCUUCUUCGGCCUACCCAUGUCCCUUUUCCAGGAGUACGCGGACCCCUACCCGUUCUGGACCUUGCCCGCGGACACUGCAGUGAUCCAGGGGCUGGUGGUGGCGGGGUUGGUGUUCAUGGUGAGCGUUGGUGUGGCGCGGCGCAAGGGCGUGGUGGAUGCCUGUGGGGCGGCGAGUCUCCUGCCGGUGGGCCUCGUGGUGCUGUUUGUCGCCUGGUUCUGCGUGACGCAUCUCCCAGUGUCCCCGUGGAUUCAAAAUCAUGCUAACUCCGUUCUGAUGCGGGACGGGGAAGUGGUGGAGGCUCCCAUCAAGCUGGAGGGCUUCUCGCAGCGGUUGGUUGCUGAGUCUCGUAGAUUUAUCACUGAACAUGCCAAUAGCGAACGUCCCUUCUUCCUCUUCCAUUCCUUCGGUCACGUGCACACACCCAUGUUUACCGCACCGCACAUGGCAGGGAGGAGCAAACACGGAAGGUACGGGGACAACGUGGAGGAGAUGGACGAGGGCGUGGGCAGCCUGCUGGACACCCUCACACAGCUGGGUCUGGAGAAUAACACUGUCGUCUACUUUGCCUCAGACCACGGCGGCCACCUCGAAGUGACAGACGACGACGGCCAGCGCAUCGGCGGUCACAACGGACGCUUCAAAGGCGGAAAACGGCAAGGGGGGUCAGAGGGCGGCAUCCGCGUGCCGGGCAUCUUUCGGUGGUCAGGUCACCUUCCCUGCGGCGUGACCCAACACUCGCCCACCUCCAUGAUGGACGUCCUGCCCACGCUCCUGUCCCUGGCCGGCUUGCCGCCCCUGCACACCCUCGUGCCCCGCGCCUCCCACAAGGAGCUGGACGGCACCGACAUUUCCGAGAUUCUGCAGGGCGGUGCGGCGGAGAGCCAGGAAGGACGGGUGUUCCUCCACCACUGCGACUCUGCCAUCCAUGCGGUCAGGCUUGUCACGGGUGACCACGUGUACAAGAUGCACCUGGCGCGGCCCAAGUGGUUCCCGGGCAGCACGCAGUGUGGCUGGGGGCGCGGCGUGAUUUGUAGCUGCUCCGGGUAUGGCCUCGUGACUGACCUGAGUUCAAGACCUGAACUGUAUGACUUGAACAAGGAUCCUUACGAGGACAAGCAACCCAUCAGCCCUGAGUCAGAGGAAUACAAGGUAGUGGUCAAGCAGAUGAGGGAAUACUUGGAGCAGUGGAAGGCGAGGGUGAAGUACCCGCCCUCGCAACUCUCCACCCUGGCCAACAUCAUCUGGCGGCCGUGGUACCAACCUGUGUGUCACAACUGCUGAGGUCACCGGGCGUGAAACCUUGUUUUCAUGUCACCUCGAGGCACAAGGAAUGACGGGAGGACGGAAAAACGAAACAGAAAGGAAUACAAGCAGAAAAAAUGAAGAGGAAGAGGAGAAGGUGACCAGCGGCACGUCAAGGAUUUCGAUGAGGUGUUUUCUCAGGUACAUACAGUAGAUACAUCUGAUAACCUCGCUCUGAGACCAAAGGAACACCAGUUUUGAGUAACAACAAUUCUGUGUAACAAUAAAAGUAAACGUCACAACAAAUAUCUUUCACCUUAGUUUCUUCUUCUUCUUCAAAAAAAAAAAAAAAAAAAAAAAAAAAAUCAUCAAUACCAAUUACGUGUUUAUCAGUAGAUAUUACAUCUAAAAUUGUACCUUAUAAUCAUUGCAUCGUGUUACAGUUCUUAAAUUCUAACGAAAAAAGAAAAAAAAAUAUUUACACUGCAUGCAUACAAGUGUCACCGGAGCUGUCGCGAUGCUGGUCCUCGUACAACAGUCACUUUUCCCUCGCCUUCCUCCUGAAGACGUAACUUUGGCUUUGUGUCGCUGCCUCUGUUUAUAGCGAACCUGUGUGUUAUGAAGCGUUGCCGAAUCGCUGAAUAACAUCAAAGUCAAACGCAAUUACAUGUUGACUAAUGAAUAAACUCACCAAUA